CAAAACGAGGCAUUGGUGUAUGUUGAUGUCAAUUUCUUUACUGCAGAACAAGACCUUCUCUUCUACCUGUCAAUAGAGUCUUGAGUUAAAAGCCUUUAAAGAAACAUCCAUUUCAUGUGGCUAAAAACUCUUUGUAAACUGGAUAGUUAGCGAUCGAGUGAAAUUCCUACGUGGCCAUGGCGUUCAAUAAAUCGAACGCGACGCACACAAAUCGCAAAAAAGUACAGGUUUCAUUUGUAAUUCGCGAUGAAAGUGAACGCUAUAAUCGUUCAGGAGUAAAUUCAUUGCAGUAUGACCCACAGAUGAACCGACUGUACUCUGCAGGUCGGGAUAGUAUUGUUCGAAUAUGGAAUUGCAACCCAAACAAAAGUUCAAAAGAUUACUAUUGGCAAUCUAUGGAGCACCAUACAGACUGGGUGAAUGAUGUUGUCCUGUGCUGUGGUGGAAAAUAUUUAAUUUCAGCCAGCUCAGAUAUGACAGUCAAAGUGUGGAAUGCUCACAAGGGUUUCUGUAUGUCCACAUUGAGAACCCACAAAGAUUAUGUAAAAGUCUUGGCAUAUGCCAAAGAUAAGGAACAAGUUGCUUCUGCAGGUUUUGACAGAGCUAUCUUCCUUUGGGAUGUCAACACUUUGACUGCGCUAACUGCAUCCAACAACACUGUCACAACUUCUUCUUUGACUGGAAACAAAAAUUCCAUUUACAGCUUGGGCAUGAACCCAAGUGGUACUGUGAUUAUAAGUGGAUCUACAGAGAGGACUCUCAGAGUGUGGGAUCCACGUAGCUGCAACAAACUAAUGAAAUUGAAAGGGCACACUGACAAUGUCAAGUGUAUUGUAGUCAAUACCGAUGGAACACAGUGUCUUUCGGCUAGUUCUGAUGGAACAAUGCGGCUUUGGUCGUUGGGCCAGCAGAGAUGCAUAUCCACCAUGAGAAUACACGAUGAAGGUGUCUGGACGCUUCAGACCAACGAAGCGUUUAAUACAGUUUUAUCAUCCGGAAGGGAUCGAAGGGUUUGGAUCACAGACUUGAGAAAUCCCGAACAGCGAACGCUCUUGUGCGAAGCUUCGGCACCGGUACUGCGUCUAUGCCUCACUCCAGACAUGGAACAUGUUUGGGUGGCAACUGAAGAAUCUUCAGUCAAACGAUACCCUCUUAAUAAUCGGCAUUUGAUGAUGUCUGAAGCACCAGCAUCCGAUCCGAUGCGGAGCAACAAUACUGUGUCACCUGAUCUAACGAUCCGAGGUGGGGCGUCCAUCCGUCACUACAGAAUUUUGAACGACAAACGCACUGUCCUCACCAAAGACACAGAAAGUAACGUGGCCAUUUACGACGUUCUCAAGGCGGCCAAAGUCAACGACCUUGGCCAAGUAGACUUGGACGAAGAAGUCAAGAAAAGGAACAAAACUGUUUACGUUCCCAACUGGUUCAACGUCGAUCUCAAAACUGGAAUGUUAACGAUUCACCUCGCCCAGGAUGAGAACGAUUGUUUCUCCGCAUGGGUGUCAGCUAGGGAAGUUGGCCUAGCACUGGAAGAGAGUGAGGAAACUAAAGUCAACUAUGGGCAGUUGCUGCUUCAAGCACUCUUGGAGCACUGGCCCAGACCAUUCCAAUUGGGAGAUGAGGCAAACCCCGACGGACCAGAAGGUGGUGGUACUGGAGCGAGUUCACAUCCACCAGCCAUUUCAAACGGUGCGAUUCAUCGGCCUGGCAAUGAAUACUUCUCCGUGGCCCCUCAUACACCUGUGAUAUUUAGUGAGGUAGGCGGACGGACGCUGUACAGAUUACUGUGCCGUGACGCGGGUGGUGAAACCGAAGGCACGUUAUUGACGGAAACCGUGCCAACUUGGGUAGCCGACAUAGUCGUCAACCGCAACCUACCCAAAUUGAUUAAAGUUCCUUUCUAUCUAUUGCCACAUCCGGCAUCCGGUAUCAAAUGCGUUAAAAAGGACCGAUUGAUUGCCAAUGACUUUAUCCAGAUUCGUAAAGUAAUUGAGCACGUCUACGAAAAAGUAUUAGGCGUACUAGACACAAAUUCGUUUGGGACACUGAGUGGAGUCAAUGGUGGCGUCGGAGCAUCGACGCCAGCCGGAUCGGCAGCAACGCCAACUGGGCCUUCUCCUGCUGCUAAUUCACUUAGUGCCGGAUCAGCCGCUACUCCCAGCGGUGAAAAAGGUUUACCCGGAUCCGCAGUUUCAUCGGCAGCUUCGAUGGCAAACGCCGACCGUCAAGAAACGAGUUCAAUCGCCGAAGAUAAAGUAGAACUACUGUGCAAUGAUCAGAUCCUUGAGCCUGGGAUGGAUUUGCGCACUGUACGCCAUUUCAUCUGGAAAUCUUCAGCAGAUCUUGUCCUUCACUAUAGGCCGUUUAAAUAACUUUCCCUUGGCGAUCAAAGGAUCGCACGCCAGUGACGAUAAAAAUUAUUAUGAGUUUUUCCAUCCUCUUUCCUUUUAUAGCCCUUCAUUCCCUUGAUCACGUUUCUCGCGCCCUUCCGAGUUCCGAACCGUUGGGUUUUGUUUGUUGGUUUAUUAUUUCUUCUUUUUUUUUUGUAUGUGUGUGUGUGUCAUGUUCGUUUGGAGAGAUCCGCCUAGAGCGGGAUGGAUCAUCUCGUCCAUCCACCAGUUUUAUUCGCUCCCUUAUGUCAUAAUAAUUAUAGACACAUGUAUUGAACAAAACACAAAAUCAAGAAACAAAAUAAUAAAAAAAAAGCGAACACAUUAA